AUGGAGGCGUUUGGGGUGUUGGGGGCUGCGGCAGUGCCCGCGCGCUCGCUGCUGGACUUCUCUCCACUUUCGAAUUUGCAAAAAAAACAUUUGGCGAAGAUUUACGCGGCCUUGACUUCCAACGUGUUGGCCACGGCCCUCGGGGUGUACGUACACCUCAACUUCUUCGCCCUCCCCAACUUCCUCGCGCUUCUCCUUUCCCUCGCCUGCGUCCUCGCCCUCAGCUUCUCCUCCCAGAAGGCCCACGCGGAGUCCAAGAUGCUGACUGGGGAGCGGGCGCUGUACUUCGGGGGUUUUGGCUUUCUUAAUGGCAUGCUAGCUGGCAGCUAUUUAGCAGCAGUUCAUUUUUAUGUGGGGCCCCAAGUGGUGCCUGCGGCCUUUCUGGCUUCCGUGGCCAUCUUCUGCUGCUUGUCUGCUGCUGCGCUUGUCGCCAAGCAGCGGUCCUACUUGUACCUAGGCUCCAUUUUGGGGUCUGCCAUCACUUACUUGUCUUUGGCCUCUCUGGCGAAUAUUUUCUUGCGGCUGCAGCUGCUGAACGACGUGCUGCUGUGGGGGGGACUUUUCAUGUACCUGGGGUUCGUGGUUUACGACACGCAGCUGGCUGUGGCCCAGUUCGACGCGGGCAACCGGGACUAUUUGCUGCAGGCUGUUCAGUUUUACAUUAAUUUCAUUUCCAUCUUUUUGAGACUUGUUGCAAUUUUGUCGGAAAGACAAGAAGAAACAAACCGAAGAAAAAGAGAAGAAAGACGCUGA